CUGUCUCAAGUCUAUCUCCGACAACCUUCACCAGCAGCAUCAAAUUCAUCUGAUUGCAUCCAUCCCUAAUUCCCUAUCCUAUCCUAACUCAUCUGAUCCAUUAUGAAUCAUUUCCCUGAAGCUUGGGGCCGGCCCCGGGACGACGUGUAUGGUCCUUACAACCCUUCAUACCUGCAGACUACCGGCCCCAAAACCCACACCCAGUCACCAGCAGUCACUGGGUCUUCGAUAUUGGGAAUCAAAUUCAAUGGAGGAUGUGUCCUCGCUAGCGAUAACUUGGCUUCAUAUGGAUCCCUUGCUCGAUUCACCGAUGUCAAACGACUCCGUAAAUUUGGUGACACUGCUCUCGUUGGCUUUAGUGGGGAUAUCUCCGACAUGCAGUACAUUGAUCGUCUUUUGGAUUCCAUUGACAUCAGAGAAAACUAUUCGGCCCACGGCAACACACUCAAUGCCAAAAACCUCCAUACCUACCUGUCCAAGGUCCUUUACAAGCGGCGAUCUGAGUUCAAUCCCCUCUGGAAUCACAUUUUAGUUGCCGGCUUCGACGAUGACAAGAAGCCGUUCCUCAGCUCUGCGGAUUUAUUGGGAACCACAUUCUCCGCACCACAUCUGGCCACUGGCUUUGGCGCCCACCUGGCUCUCCCAAUUCUUCGCCGGCUGUUUCCCGAGGAGAGACCUAUCGAGGAGAUCAGUAAGGAUGAGGCCGUUGCAGCGCUCCGUGAGUGCCUGAAGGUUCUCUGGUACCGCGACGCGCGAAGUCUUGACAAGUACACCAUAGCAGUCAUCACAGCUCAGGGGAUCGAGAUCCAGGAGGACCAACAGGUCGAGGCUCAGAGCUGGGCAUUUGCUGAAACCAUCAAAGGUUACGGUGCUCAGGUCAACUAGCUCACUUGUUGAUUUAUGAUGCAUGAACUCACUUCCAGAGCUUACUACAUUUGCUCUCGCCUGUGUCACAGGACCUUAGGAGCCCGAGAUAGAUCAAGUAAUAUGAGAAGAAAGUGCCUCGUUGGGAUUCUCUAUAGCAUGCCGUUAAACCGCCCCGGAGAUUGGGGGCGGCCUUUAUGAUGCUACCUUAGCUUUGUUCCAGCAGGUGCUGACAUCAGGUGCAAGGGAGAUAGACCUUCCUCAAAUCGUCAUCUUUGACCAUAACGCAGAUUAGUGUCUUAUGUCAACAUCCGAG